UUCCGCUCUGGCGCUAGCGAUGAUUGUAAAGACAAAAAGUCAUAUAUUUGAGUUUUUAGAUUUAGUUUGAGUUUUAGCUCUGAUUAGAAGCUUUAAAUGGAGUUUGGCUUCGUUGACUGCCAUUGCCACAUAUCAGCCCGUGAGUUUGAAGAGGAUCUGGCUGCUGUGAUUCAGAGGACCAAAGAGGCUGGGAUAAAGACUCUGGUGUCAGUGACAGAAGAACCUGGAGAGUUUGAGAGAGUUCUCCAGCUGCAGGACCGUUAUUCUGAUCUGGUGGCUCCAUGUUUUGGUGUCCAUCCUCUGCAGGUCGACGGGGGCUCUGAGCAGCGCAGUGUAAAACCUCAGGACCUGGAUGCUGCUCUACCACUCUUCUACCAACACAGAGAACGGCUCACUGCUAUUGGAGAGAUUGGUUUGGACUUCACACCAUGGUGCGCUCCCUCUCAGCAGGAUAGAGACGACCAGAUGAACGUUUUCAUUAAACAGCUGAGCAUCGCCAAGGAGCUGGACCUCCCCGUGAAUGUCCACUCUCGAUCAGCUGCUAAAGUCACCGUAUCAACCAUGAAGGAUCACGGUAUCAGGCGAGCUUUGCUCCACAACUUUGCUGGUAAACCAUCCGUGGCUCUGGAGGGAGUAAAGGCCGGCUACCUGUUCUCGUUUCCCCCUGCAGUGUGCAGGAACCAACAGAGGGACAAACUGAUCAAGCAGAUCCCACUGGAACACAUCUGUCUGGAAACAGACUCUCCUGCCCUGGGGCUGGAAAAGCACGUGAGGAACGAGCCCUCUAACAUCACUCUGUCCUGUCGGUACAUCGCUGAAAUCAAAGGUUUGUCCCCAGAGACUGUUCAGCUCAUAACUGCUCAGAACGCCUACAGACUUUUCCCCAAGGCCAACAAGAUCCACGUACAGGACUGAGGCUCCUGAGAGACAGACACGGUGGACUCCUUUGGAUUCAGAAGGAAAAUGGGCACAUCUCACAAGAUCAUCAAGAUGAUGAUAGAUUUCCUCUUCUGAUAAAGUCAGCUAAGGCCUGAAUCUGGUCCUGACUGUGAGGUUCUAAAGAUGAAGUGGCCUGCUCCAGGCCAAUUUUCAGCUUUAUAUGUUUACAUUAAAGUCCCUGUAAAGUGAAAUCCAAAGUUUUUGUCUUAACUGUUGUAAUGUAACUUUGGUUUCCUUGCCUCAACACCCCCCACUGUUCUCUUUCUAUGAAGCCUACCCUCUCACAGACAUGGGGAAACGAUGGGGCUAGGAAGGUGUCGACUUUACUGCAUAUGUAAAUACAAAGCAACAAAGGGUGGCUGGGCCAGUUUCCUGACAAGGUGUGAAGCCUAGGGCCCACCACUGAAUCAAAAGGUCCUUUUGUAUUUUCAAUUGUGAUGUCCAGACUGCCCGGAAACAAAGCCUGGUCUUGGUGAAGGUCUCCACAGCAGACAGAGGGGGCAGGAAGUAUAUUUUAGGGGUGUUUCCUUCUGUAUAAAAUGCUUAAUCCUCCUCAUGUUCAGGCUCUUUCUCUCUUGGACUCUCUUCUGUCUCUGGCCCUUCUGUCUUGCACUCUCUCUCUCUCUCUCUCUCUCUCUCUGUCUUUUGCUGCAUACUGACUGCUGUAUGUGUUGACUGACCUUGCAAGAAUAAAC